AUGAGCGAAAAUCUCAUCGCGUCCCCACCCUGUGGACCAGUACAGGGUUUCAAAUCGAACCAUGUCGUCAAAUACACCGGAAUUCCAUACGCAAAAGCAGCACGCUUUCAGAUUCCCAAGCAAAUCGAAGACUGGACUGAUACUUUCCUGGCAACCUCUCCUAGUCCAGCAUGUCCGCAACCACCAGGUAAAGGUUCUGAGCUAUACUUGAAGGUUCCUGUACUUCAGGGUCUAGACAUCAGCGAAGACUGCCACCAUCUCUCCGUCACUGUGCCUGAAACCGCCAAAUCUGAUGACAAACUACCUGUCAUGAUUUUUGUGCAUGGCGGAUCUUUCGAAAUCGGCGCAGGCGACUCACCCGCUUAUGACCCAUCAAAGUUAGUGGCUGAGCAUCAGGUCAUCGUCGUCAACGUCAACUAUCGUCUCAACCUCUUCGGCUUCCUAGGUGAUGGAAAAUCGAGACCGGCCAAUCUUGGACUAUUUGAUCAAUUGGAAGCGCUUCGCUGGGUGCGAAGGAACAUCACAGCCUUUGGAGGAACGGGUGAUACAAAAAACAUCACAUUCUUUGGUCAAUCAGCAGGCGGGAGUUCUAUUGCUGAUCUUAUGACUUUACCCGAGGCAUCUUCAUUGUUUGGACGCGCGAUCAUCCAGAGCGCACCGUUUGGAAUCACAAGAGGAAGAGAUGCUUUGAACACCACUCUACUCAAAGUUGCAGACUCUGUAAGCACCGACACUCCUGCUGAAGAAUUGGUCAAGCUAUGCAAGGCAAUCAACAAAGCUGGUUCAGGGACCUUUCCUAUGGGUGCCAUGCCUUUCGCGCCUCAAUAUGGACAUGCGCCACUUCCUGUUGAGGCAGAUAUCGACACUGCACUGAACUCCAUCGCUCCUCAAAUCGACAUACUCGUCGGAAGCACCGAUACAGAAGCCUCAUUAUUCAUGCCAUUAGUCCCGGUCAUUAACACAGCUAUCAAUAUUCCUCUGCUUGGUAACACAGUCCACGAUUGGUUUGCAUCAAAGUUGACCAACCUCUUGUAUCAUCCUUACGACAAAGACUUUGCAGAGCGCCAUGCUCGAGCAGGCGGCAGAGCAUCGCUAUACCGAAUUCAUUGGAGCAAUAAAAGCAACAGAUUUGGCGCGACUCAUACCAUUGAAUUGCCAUUGUUGUUUGGUAAUGAGGAUGCAUACAUUGGUGCAAAGAUGUUAGAAGGGUUCACUGUCCAACAAGUUGAAACCGCAGGAGCACAGAUGCGAAAACUGUGGGCAGACUUCGCAAAGGGAAAACAAUUGGAUGCUACGGAUAGUGUCGUUGAUUUGAUAUCAAUCGAGCAGAUAUGA